GGGGAAUGGUGCGCUUGUGGGACCGUGCCUCAGAUGGAAGAUCCCGCGAACAGGCUCCAUCAGGCUGAAAGCUCCUAUGGCAGAAGAGACGCUGCAGUGGUGGCUAGGCUGAAGCGUUUCUGGUGCGUCUAGGAGGUUUUUUUUGUUUAAGCUUCCAGGAAAUGACUGAGCUGUCAAUGCGCGUGGCGCAGGGCUGAACGAUCUAUCCGAAAGCGGUAUAUCUUGCGAAGGGAUGAUUUGGCGAGUCUCGCUUCCGACGUACAACGGUACAGUGUUACCGUUGUAGAGCCCAACUUGAAGAGACGGCAGGCAGCCUUGCAUUCCAGGUGGUAACCACUGUACUACACAGUACUGCAAAGAGUAGUCUCCAGCACUGCACUUGAUUCCCAAGUGCGCUGCCAUACCGUUUGCAGCGGAUGGAGUACGUUGGAUCAUGUUCGCCCGAAACACAUAUCCUGUAUAACUGAAUGCCAGCCAGUGUCGAUGCUCACCUAAAGGACUACCGAUGGAUUCUCUUUUUUGCGACUCAGGUGCUUCAUACGAGUUCGUUGCACAUCAAAACGUCGAUACAGGCAUGAAUUCAACAUGCCAAUAUGCAUCACCUGCAGCACUCCGGUGAAAAACCUGUACACCGUCUACAGCAAGGCCGACGACCGCACGCUGGGGAAAGGAGUCCGCCUGACUCAAUGUCCCAAUUGUAAGCGCUUCGCCGACAAGUACGUCGAGCAUGAUUUUGUGGUUCUGUUCAUCGAUCUCGUCUUGAUCAAGCCUCAGGUCUAUCGCCAUUUAUUGUUCAACAGACUUGGUCGCGCUGACGACAAGUUCGACCCGAGCAUUCUGCGACUGGGCAUUCUGCUCAUUUUGUUCGAUGUCUAUAUUACAUGGGCAAGGAUUGAGAGGACGAGCGCCGCUACUGGGGGCGGCGGGAGCGGCUCCCAGCUCGCCGAGAUGCCUAUCCUUACGCAGUAUCUCUUCUUCCUGACCAUGAACGUCCUGGCUACAGUUGCUCAACAUGCUGUCAUUCGGAUGCUAGCACGAGUCCUUCUCUCCUACGUUCAGAAGAAGGAAGACAAUAUCGACACCAAAUCCCCAGUCUCGGCUUCAGCUUCAGCUUCAGCUUCGUCUUCUUCGACUCCGGACGAUAGAGAGAGAGCAGGAAACUGGUCCGUGACCACAAACUAUGCCAGCCCUAGCGCAAUUAGUACCGCAUUGCUGGUGUCAAGCUGCACAAAAUUGUUCCCGAUACUGCUUGUCAUCUGGCCGACCGAGGCCAAAGACGGGGAAUCAUUCGGGUUUCCGUUAAGGGCGAGGAACUACGUCGGGUGGGCCGUCCUCCUCAACAACAUCGAGGCGCUAUUAGUUCUGCUGAACUGUGGCUAUCUCGUCGCAACUGGUCUGGCUGUGUCUGGGGUACUGGCAAGGUGGAUAGUGGAAAGUUGCUUCUUGAGUAUCCUAGGCUUGAGUAGGGAUGCUGGUCCCCUGGGCGACCUUCUUGCAACCUAUCGAUACCUCCGACAGUGGCUUCCUGGAGGAUGAUUGUACCCAGAAGAAACGAAAGGUAGUUAACUUCCGCAUCAGUCGAUGAUCAAAGGAACACCGUUACCUGUCUCGC